AUGUGUCUCUGCCCGCAGCAGCUCGGGGAGGAAGAGCGGAACCCGCUCCCCAAUACAGUCUACGUCCGAGCGAGCCUGGACCGAUGGGAAGACCGACUGCUGCUGCAAAGAAACCGGCGUCAGCUGUUCGCGAUGAGCGCGGCUGAUGAGUGCAGCAGACGCUACAAUUCAACCAACAUGGGGCUGUGGAGCAAAUGCUACAGGGUGGGAUUUGACCCAGACAUCGAAGAGCUCAUACAAAAAGGAACUGUCGAGCGUUGCUCCUUUAUAAAGUACUAUUAUUCCUCUGCAGUGACACGAAAGGAUCUUUCCUACAAUAUCACCAAGACUAUCCAGCAAGAUGAUUGGCAUGCCCUGCAUUUGCGUCGAAUGACAGCUGGCUUCAUGGGCAUGGCUCUAUCCAUCAUCCUAUUUGGCUGGACCAUUGGUGUUUUGGGCUGUUGCUGGGAGCAAGGCCUCAUGCAUUAUGUUGCCGGUCUGCUCUUCCUUAUGGGAGGUACCUUCUGCAUAAUCUCUCUUUGCACCUGUGUGGCUGGCAUCAACUUUGAACUGUCUCGCUACCCACGUUAUCUCUUCAGCCUCCCAGAUGAUAUAAGCCAUGGUUACGGCUGGUCCAUGUUCAGUGCCUGGGGAGGACUAGGACUGACCCUCAUAGCUGGGUUCUUCUGCACCCUGGCACCAUCGAUUCAGCCUCCCCCACAAUCCCGUACCUCCUGUCCUAAGACUCGCAUGGAGAACGGAACGGUGUGCUAAAGCUUCACAUGACACUUUGUACAUUGAUAUAAACUUGUUCAUAGAUUUCGUCAUGGGUAUUAAAAGCACGGAGGCUGUUGAAAGACAUUUUGUGCUGGAAGUUGACAAGCCAUGUCCGUCGAGACUCUCAAAUGAUGUGCAAAAAGAAGAAUCUGUUAUAAAAGCACAUUUGUACAGUUGUAUAAAAGCUUUCUUCCUGACAUGAGUUCAGCAUGUCCUUGGUGAAGCAGUUCUUGCUGUUUGUCUUUGUGUUCAGUAGACUGUGUUUGAAUUUCAAAACGAGUUUCCAAGACUAGGGAUGCACUGAUAUGAAAAUUUU